AUGAACACCCCGAGGAAACAUGCCAGCGUGCUCCUCCAGAGAUUAUCUGCAUCGAUGAUUCCGAAGAUGAUGUCAGCCCCUCAACUAGAAAUCAAGAUUAAGCAAAUCCGAAACUUUCUUUAUCUUUACAUUCUCCAGGGUAUGAAACCGAGGGCAGUGAUGGCGAAGACGUCGAUCAAGACGAGUCCUCCGGCAGCGACAGUCCAAGAAGCGAAAGGAGUGAAAGCGAACCUUCCGAGACUGAACCAGAAGAGGAGGCCAGACAACAUUCUGCUGAAGCACUCCCGGCUGUGCAACACCCCAGUGGCCAAACUGAAAAUAGCGCGGACGACCUGGACCCCGAGGAAUUUCCCGAAAGUGACUCUUCGGAGAGUGAAGACCAUGACAGCGAGUCUUCCAAUACCGAAUAUGAUGAUCGAGAGGACACAAAGCCGGUGGUCUAACAGUCAGUCGGGGGAUCAAGAGAUUGCAGAUACACAGCAACAGGACGAUUGCGAUGAUGGCGACGACGAAGACGAUUCUUCUGUGGACACUGCAUCAGACUUCUCAGAUCGACCACAAGGCAUUAAAAGAUGGAUAACUCAUCAUGUUCAAGAAACGGACCCCGUCGAACCAACUGAGCUCUGGCCGCCAGAUCUAUCGGCAUGGGAAUCAAAGAUAGCAAGCUGCGACGAAGGGUCGUAUCCGUUCCAAUGUAUGAUUCGUGUUCGCUGGGAGCCACGCUUUCCCUGGCUGGGUCAAUCACCCGAAAGUAUCAGAAAUCGCAUUUCCAGUGAGAUACUCCCAAACAAUGUCUCAAUAGAGGAAAUCAGGCCCCGGCUGAAUCAGCAGGAGAUCGAUGUGUUCCUCGAUUCAGCGCUUGACCGAAGCAAUCUCAUCGUCAACUCGGGGCUUGGCUUCUGGACCUCGUAG